UCUCUCUUGUAUGUGGGGCCCCUAAGUUAAGAUUUGUCCCGAACAGGUGAAUAUGAGGUGAGGAAAAAACGUCCAUAAGUUGCAUGUGUCAGCCCCAUUCCUGUUUGCCUCUGACACCAUUGCUGUAUUUCAGGGCCCACGUACUGAUGUGCUGCUGGUUCCUCAUUGCCUGCUCCUGCCGCUCGUCUGCCAGCUGCGGGACGUUGAAUGUACUGAAGACACGGUUCCUCGAUCUCUCCAGUUUUCCAUGGUUGGCAUCAGUUCAGGACUACAGUGGAUCCCAUCUUGCAGGGGGAGCAAUCAUAAGUGAAUUCUGGAUAAUGACGGCUCCAUCUGCUCUGAAGCUGAGGAGAGAUCUCUCGGCUGUGGUGGGAAUCUCGGAGCUGGACAUUAUGGGCAGCAGAGCGUCCUACGUUAUCCACAGGCUCAUCAUACAUGAGGAAUUUGAUGAAAUUCUCCACAGCAAUGACCUGAUGCUGCUUAUGACCAGGGACAAGAUUAAAUUUGGCCACAGGGUUCAACCCAUAUGCUUCCCAAGCCCGGACCCUCACAACUCUGCUCUCAGCAAUUGCACGGUGUCCGGGAGGACAGGCUGGAAAGAGUCAGGACAUUCGGGCUCUACGCCUUGGUGCAGGUUGUCGGUGGAGAACAUGAACCUUUGUCCUUUGCAGCGGACUGUGUCUACAGAGUGCUGUAUCCACCGUGGGAGCGGUGAGCGUGGCUGUGCGGGCACAGAAGGCAGCCCGGUCUCUUGUCAGGUGAAGGGUGAAGAGCGAUGGCUGCUGGCUGGAGUCCUGCCCGCUGCUGGCGUGAGGUCCCAUGUUCCUGUCCUCUACACUCGCACCUCAUAUUACAGUGACUGGAUUUCAUCUCGUACCGCGCAGGCAGGGCGGCCAUUCAUCCCUACAGUCACCAUCAACACUGUAGUUGAAGCGUACAACCAGCUGCACUUCCGAUCUGCAGUCAAGAAGUCCCAACCUCAUAAAAAGGAAGACGAGGGUCUGCUGUACGAUUAUUACAAUGGAAACGAGCUCCCGAAAACCUGCGGCUAUUCACGCAGCCCUGAUGUCCACCUCAUUGCCAUUGUCAUUUUACUUACAAGAUGA